UGACCAUUAUAUAUAUUUACAACAAUUUGCCGAUGUAUAGACAGUCAAAGGACUUUCUAUAACUACUUUACAAUAGGCCAAUAAUUUGAUUUCACCAAAAAGCUGAAACCUUUCAAUGCAGCUGUGUCGCCAAAUACUCUUGCGUCCAAGGGGAAUUUGCAUAGAUAUGCGUACUUCCGGAUCUUUUUAUUACUGCUAUGCCUAUAACGCAAAUUAACUUUACUUCCUUAUACACAUAGAAUUGAGGAACUGACCAUUUCGCGGCUGGGUUAGGACUGUUUUAAAGACUGUAUCAUUUUUAGAAUCUCAAGCCUAAAAACCAUGAAUUAAUUUAUACAAGAGGCUACUUUACAGCUAUAACAUUGAUUGUUUCAUUUAUUGGGGCCAGAAAUGGCGGGGCCGGGGCGAAGCCAGCAGGGAGAGCUGACGGAGUACAAGAAGAGUCUGAUCAAGAGGGACCUGGAGAUGGGCAUCGUCAUGACUGUGUUCCGCCAGAAGGUAGAGCGCCUUACUGUGCAGGUCAUCAUGGAGACCAGGCAGGUGGCCUGGACCCGAACAGCAGACAAGAAUGAUGGUGUCUUGGAUCUGUCUGAGAUACGGGAGAUUCGCCCAGGGAGGAACUCAAAAGACUUUGAGAGGUUCAGAGAUGGCAGGGACAAACAUGAUGACAAUACCUGCUUCACCAUCUUCUAUGGGUCCCAAUUUGUUCUUAACACCAUAAGCCUUGGCGCUGACACUGUGGAUGAUGCGGAUAAAUGGCUGACAGGCCUGGAGUUACUGAGACAGGAGACACUGGUGGCCCCCACACCAGACAUCAUAGAGAGCUGGUUGAGGAAACAGAUGUAUUCUAUCAAUCAGACUAAAAAGAACCGUAUCACCUUGAAGGAGGUGAAGUCUCUUCUGCCACAGCUCAACUACAAGGUCCCCGGCACACGUUCCCUGAAGGAAAAGUUCUCGGAAAUUGGAGCAAGGAAAGAUGUCUUGAACUUUGAGCAGUUUCAUAAAUUCUACAAUAUUCUAAUGUUUGAUCAGAAAGAUAUUCUCGAGGAGUUCAAAAGGGAGUCAUGUGCUUUCAUCAUGGGUAGUACAGAUAAACCUGAUGCUUCUGCAGUUCUUCUCCAUGAUUUCCAACGAUUUCUUCUGUACCAGCAGAAGGAGUCAUGGGCCAAUGACCUGAACCAGGUUCGAGAGCUGAUGACCACCUUUAUAGAUGACACCAUGAGGAAGACCAACGAUCCAGAGUUCACCGUCAGCGAGUUCCUCAGUUUCCUCUUCUCUAAGGAGAACUCGAUUUGGGAUGAGAAAUACUCAGAGAUGUGCAACCUGGAUAUGAACAACCCAUUGUCCCACUACUGGAUCAAUUCCUCACACAACACGUACUUGACUGGAGACCAGCUGCGGAGCGAGUCGUCCACCGAGGCCUACAUUCGCUGCCUGCGUCUGGGAUGCCGCUGUGUUGAGUUGGACUGCUGGGAAGGGCCAGGUGAGCCCAUCAUAUACCAUGGCUGGACCAGGACCACCAAGAUCAAGUUUGAGGACGUGGUGAAGGCCAUCAAUGACCAUGCCUUUGUCACAUCUGAAUACCCUGUGGUUCUCUCCAUUGAGGAGCACUGUCCCAUAGAGCAACAGAGGCAGAUGGCUCGUAUCUUCAGAGAAGUAUUCCAGGACAAGCUGCUGAUGGAGCCUGUGGAGCUGAUGGCUGAACAGCUGCCAUCCCCCACACAGCUCAAGGGCAAGAUCAUCCUCAAGCACAAGAAACUGAGUGUGGAGGGAGGCAUCAGCGGAAAGGACUUCCGGAAGGGAGAGAAGCAAGGAGACCUGCAUAUCUGGGAUCCAGUGGACCAGCGAUGGAACAAGCACUACUGUGUGAUUUCAGAUGACACGCUCUAUUACGCAGAGGAGGAGGAGGAGGAUGAGCUCAGGAAGUCCCCAGAGCUCCACACGUCUGAGCCUUGGUUCCAUGGGAGGAUGAGUGAAGGGAGGCAGACAGCAGAGAGGCUGCUUCAGGAGUUCUGUGCUGAGUCGGGAGGCAGGGAUGGCACCUUCCUGGUCCGAGAAAGUGACACCUUUGUGACAGACUUCACCCUCUCGUUCUGGCGCAGUGGGAGGGUCCAGCACUGUCGUAUCCGCUCUGGCUCAGAGGGAGGACAUACUUUCUACUUCCUGACUGACAACUUGCACUUCCCCAGUGUGUACUCACUGAUUCAGCACUAUCGCGACAUGCCCCUCCGCUGCCACGACUUUGACCUGCGCCUCACUGAGGCUGUGCCUCGACCCAACCCACACCUACUGGAAGGGUGGUUCUAUAGUAACCUGAGCAGGGGGGAGGCAGAGGACUAUCUGUUGAGAAUCCCCCGGGACGGAGCCUUCCUCAUCAGACAGAGAGAGGAGAGCGACUCCUACGCUAUCACCUUCAGAGGUGAUGGCAAGGUGAAGCACUGUCGGAUCCAGAAGGAUGGCUCUAUGUACGUGCUGGGAACCACCACUGAGUUCGAGAGCCUGGUGGAGCUGGUCAACUACUUCCGUAAGAAGCCUCUGUAUCGCAAGAUCAAACUACGCUACCCUGUCACACUGGAACUGGUCAGCCGCUUCAGCACGGAGACAGACUGCGCCUCACUCUAUGAUAUUAAGAUGUAUGUGGAGCCAAAUGAAAUCGAGCCGUCACUGCCGAAGAGUACUGUUAAAGCUCUGUACGACUACAGACCCAUGAGACCGGAUGAACUGAACUUCUGCAAGGGGGCUCUGAUCCACAGUGUGUCAAAAGACAGCGAUGGAUGGUGGAAAGGGGACUAUGGGGGAAAGCUGCAGCUAUUUUUCCCUGCCAACUAUGUUGAGGAAGUGUCCAACAAUAUCAAAGCUGAGUCACAGGAUCAGGUCAUGGAGGACAAUCCUCUGGGGGAUAUGUGUAAAGGAGUUGUUGACAUUUCCAAGUGUAAUGUUGUGAGAUCUGCAAAGAAUGGGAAGUCCCAUGUCAUGACACUUCAGAUGAGUGAUUAUGACAGUAAGAUUCAUUUUGACUUUGCGGCAGAGUCACUGGAAGAUCUGUUUGAGUGGUACCAGGUGGCCUGGGACAUCACCCAGAGAGAGAUCACCAAGCAGCACAACAAGCAGUUAGAGAUCAAGCAGCAGGAGGAGGUGGAGAAGAGUGAAGAGGUUGCCAUGGAGAUGUCUGACCUGGUGGUGUACUGCCAGCCUCGCAGCAAGGAGAAGGACCGCUUUGUGAACUACUGCUACAAAGAGAUCCGCUCCUUUGUGGAGAACAAGAUCCCGGCCAAGAACAAAACUCCAGACUUCCUGAAGUACAACCGCAAGUCCCUGAGCCGCACCUACCCCAAGGGCCAACGUGUAGACUCAUCAAACUACGACCCUUACCCUCUGUGGGCCUGUGGCUGCCACAUGGUGGCGCUCAACUUCCAGACUGCAGAUAAGUACACUCAACUCAACAGUGCCCUCUUCAGCCUUAACGGACAUACAGGCUACGUGCUACAGCCAGAGAUGAUGCGCUCAGACAGCUAUGAUCCACAUCUGGAGAAGAGGAAAGUCAAGUUCACACUUACUGUCAGGGUGAUUGCUGCCAGACACCUGCCUAAGCCAGGCCGUAGCAUUGCUAGCCCUUUUGUGGAGACGGAGCUGUGUGGACACACAGAAGAUAACAAGUUUAAGACCGUCGUCUAUCGUGACAAUGGGCUGAACCCGGUGUGGAAGGCUCCUCCAGAGCCGGUGACGUUCCCAGUCCAUGAGCCAGAACUCACCUUCCUGCGCUUUGUGGUGAAUGAGGAGGACAUGUUCUCAGACCCUAACUUCCUGGCUCAGGCUACCUUCCCUGUGAAGGGCAUCCGCUCAGGGUACCGUUCUGUUCCUCUGAAAAAUGGCUUCAAUGAGAGCAUAGAGCUGGCGUCUUUACUGGUCUACAUCGAUGUGCAGCAGGUGGAGAAAGCAGAGGAGGAGCUGUACUCGUCGUCCAACCAACUGCGGAGGCGGCAGGCUGAGAUAAACAACGAGAUCUUCCUGUACGACACCCACACCAGCCUGCAGCGUUCCGCCCCCCCACAGCUCCGUGACGACCUCAUGAGAGAGUUCAGCACCAAUGAGACACAGUUACAGAAGAUCCAAGAUACCUGCAAACAGAAGAUAAAGGAAAAGAAAAUCAACAACAGUAAAUUUUAUUCCUGAGGGCAGCUCAUCCUGAGCCUGCGUGGUUGCAUCCCAAACUUCAGUCUUACAAAGCCAAGGCCAACAGAGAGAAAAUGUGUGAUGUGUUUAACAUUAGCAUAAUUUGGAGUGUUAAUGGGUUAUUAAGAUGAAAGGUGCACUUAGCAGCAUCAUACUGAUAAUUUCUCUGGAGUUUUUGAAGAAUACAUUAAGUCAUGUUACCAGUGUAUUGCUUGUUUCUUUUUUGUUCUCAACAAAUGCAUUCUUUAACUACUGAUAUAUUGUAGACAUACAGGGCUAUUUGCAGGUGAAACUGUUGCUUAGAGCACAUUGUUGCUUUGAUAAUCCUUCUGUUUAUAUUUUCUUUUAUGGUUCCUCUGCGUAAUUUCAGUCAAUAAAACAUGACCUCUUCUGCUGAC